AGUAAAACGAGUCCUGAAUAUUAUCCCAGUGUCCCCUGUGCACUUAUAGAGACUCAAGUUUCUAAUCUGUUGUACUUAAUCAGUCCCCUUUAUUACUCAUCCAGUGCGCUGAACUUUGUGCCCUAGAUAGUCAUUAAUUUUAAUAACUAUCUUCAUAACCUUGAACUGAGCAUGCCCACUUUUACUAAGCAUGUGGGCUGGAAAAUUAGGUGGCUGGAAGCUUCUCUGGUGUGUCUCGAUCCUCUAAACUAGCAAUCAUUUGUAGCUUUAUUGUAGCUUUAGAUCUUAUAUCAAGAACGGGACUGAAAGCAAAAGAAACACAAAAGAAACAAGUGUUGAUUGCAGAAUGCAGGCAAGAUCAGACAGACUUGAGAAGACUGAUAUCUCUGAGGCUGCUGUGGACAGUGGUGAAGAAACAGACCACCCCCCUCGGCGGGUCCCCAGUGGCCGCGGGCUCAUCUCUGGGCUGAUGGGUCUGAAUGUGGUGUUGCUUGGUGGGGCCCUUCUGGCUGGGGAUGCAGUAAAACCUACAGCGCUCAAGCACCAGGAGCCUCAGCUGUUUCUGCUGGUUCUGAUGGGGCUCAGUUUGCUGUGGAUGCUGUGGUACCUGUUGUGGGCUCGAAAACAGCCUGGACCACUGCCUCACACUGACCACCACGCAGGGAGUACCACAGUCAUGGUGGUGCUGAUGUUAUUUGCAGGGUUCAGUUUAUUGCUGUGUGUGUUCCGGGUGAGCUACUAUCUGCUGUUAAAAGAUUGCCAGUCACUCGUACAGAUCCUUUCACCUUUCAUACAGGCUCCCUUCUUCGCCCUACAGACGUAUUUACUGUGGUUUCACUCCAAAGACUGUAUACACAAACAUGAAGUCUUUACCAGGUUUGGCUUGAUGCUGACUCUGUGCACAGAUGUUCUGCUGUGGUUCUGUGCAGUAACAGAUGAUUCCAUCCAUACAGAGAUAGAAAUGGACAAACAGAACCAAGACCCUGUCAACAAUUCAUAUUCCAUAUCGCCACAACAAGACACAAAAGGUUCUACAAACAGCACCCUAUGCCAGUGCAGUGCCAGUGCUGCGUGUCUGGCCCUGCGGCAGGGCUACCAGAUCCUGUAUCCCUUCAACAUGGAGUUCAGCCUGCUGGCCGGCUGCAUGCUCUAUGUGAUGUGGAAGAAUGUGGGGCGUCAUGUGACUGACAUUUACACUGAGCAUGCCCAGAAGAGCUCGCUGCGUUCAGUGCUGCGUGGAGGGGUUCGGUUUGGUCCAGUUUUGGGUUUACUGGUGCUUCUAACUGGGGCAACUGUGUUUGUAUUGUAUCAUGUUUGGGUGGGGCAGAGUACAGAGCAAUCCACAGCCUUUAUACUGUUUUACUGCUUCCACCUGGCCCUGAUGCCCAUCAUGGCUCUGUGCUCGCUGACAGCAACCAUGGGACAGAACAAAAAAGUGCAGAAACAGAGAAGAUGUGAGGAAAGAAGAGAGAUCAAAGAGAUGAAAGAGAUAAAGCAGGACCUGAGGUGUAGGGUAGAAGAAGUGCAUAAUGGAAGUAAAAACCCAACGCAAAGCUUGGACGUGGUGCUAUUGGUGGGCACUGCAGUGGGUCAGCUGUUCCUUUCUUAUCUCUCCCUUGUUGCUGCCCUCGCCCUGGAACCCAUUGACAUUAUUAGUAACCUAGACCUGUCGUAUUCAAUGCUCUGCGUGGUGGAGCUGGUGCUGCAGAACAUCUUCAUCAUCAAAGGCCUGCACCUUCUUAAACACAACCAUCUGCACCCACCCACACACCUACAUCAGCACUCCAGCCACAAGACUAGUGAGAAGGAGCUGAAGCCCUGUCCAAAGACAGGCAAAGAGGUGCUUGCUGCAAAUAGUGAUGCAAUAGAAGACAAGAAUGAGGCAUCAGCGAUUCCUGCAGGCCAUGAAGGCUGUAAUACAGAUCACUGGAACAGAAGAGUGCUCCAGGAGAUUUGUGCUUUCCUCAUCCUGUCCAAUAUCACUUUGUGGGUGAUCCCAGCGUUUGGUGCGCACCCAGAGCUGGAGAGUGGUCUGGGGAAGCAGUUCUUCGGGUUCUCUGUGUGGUUUGUGCUGGUGAACCUGAGCCAGCCACUGACUGUAUUCUACAGGAUGCACUCUGUAGGAGCUCUGAUGGAACUGCUAAUAUCUGCAUGAAUACUCAUACCUGAACAGCUAUUAACAUACGUUUACACACAGACACACACACACACACACACACACACAUAUCCUUGAUUGCUACUUAAAAACAGAUAUUUCCAUGGAUUACAUACUUUUGAUACUCACAUAUGUGUAAAUAUUUUUUUUUCAAUAAAUUAAUUACAAAGUUUAAAUUGUUUGAUUGUGAGGAAGUCUUAUGAAUUUUUGAAAUAGGGAACAUUAUAAAAGGUUCACAAAUUUUCAAGCAUCAUGUGCUAGUACCUCAGGACCUACAAAGCAGGAAGUGAGCAGUGAAGACUCAGAUUGAGGAAACAGGGUGGGGUGGUAGAGCUUGAGAAAAAGUUAUAUCCAUUCAUCAGAGAACAGAGAGACGAGUAGAUGAUGGCACAGUGUCUGUCUUCACAUCAUCUAAUAGUCCUGCUUCUGAUAGUAUUUGCAGCAGAGAGCAAAGGUGAGUCUGAAACGUCUUCUGUUGGCUGAUAGCAUCUUUGUGCUGAUAUGUGAUGAUUCGGUUUUCA